UUUUUUCCGAUAUACUAAAGUAGUAUAAAGUAUUUUAAAUGAUUUUUUUUGGUGGUAUACAUGUUAUAUAUACCCACAAAAUAAUUGUCUCAUUUUUUUUAUAACUAUAUUAGUCUCCAGUUAUUUAAAUUCAAUUAUUUUUUUUGUGUUAAAUAUUUUUUUCUAACUUUUUUUCUAAAUAAAGUGACAAACUUUUUACAUUGAAAUUAUAAUCACAUUAAUUGUUUGAUCAAUUAGUUGAACCGUUUUUUUGUCAUGUCUUCACUCGACGACAGUGUAGUAAUUAUAACGUUUGAUUGCAAUGUUUGUCACCAAAGCUCAGACCUACUCAUCGAUAAUCGAUGUCCUCAUUGCAACUCACGAGUAGUAGAGACAACCAGUGGUCAGAGCACAUCAUCAGAAGAUGAACAAAACUCGCAAUUGAGUGACCAAUCGGUGGCGGAUGAAAACGUGGUCAAUAUGUCUAUCAAACUGUGCUCAAUAUGUUUGGACACAUUAGCCGAUGGGACUAAAGCUCUUAAAUGUGGACACAGUUUUCACAAACAAUGUAUUUAUGGAUGGAUUGCAACGAAACACAAUACGUGUCCGUUGUGUCGCCAAUUGAUGGUUGUCUCUCAGCCCGUAUUACCCGUAACUUUUGACAGCAGCCAGUCAUCAACCACUGCAACACAUUUGGAUAAUGAGAUCCGACGGAUAAGAAUUGAGAUCCGUCGGCGACUGACUGAGAAUCGUAUGAUAAGAAUUGAGAUCAAUCGUCUACUUAAUCAUCAAUAA